UCUUCGGUUGUUAAAUGUAUUCCCCCUGUAUUCGAUAGUGAGGGCUCCUUCCUCUAUAUAUCCUUUCGCCGGAACCAAGCUUUGAACCGCUGGAGCGGCAUCAGGCAGCUUCUUCGUUGCACCGGACGGGACGCUCUUUCUCCUUUCGACUCUCUCCCCCUCUAACAAAAAGGAACUCUCAUUCACAUUCACAUUCACAUUCAGUAAGGUCAGCUGGAAAGGGAAUCCGUCUGCUCCUCUCGCGUCACCACAAAACACCCCGUCAUAUUUUCGAGUGUCAGGCACCACAAGGCAAACAAAUCUUGAGGUGGAACAUGUCAAGCGAUAAUUCCUUGGUAAUUCAACUUUAUUGGGGAGGCAAAAUUAUAUAUGCUGGAGGAUCAAUGUUUUACGAUCCCCCGAUGCCGAAAAAGGUUAUGUUCCUUAGAGAAAGGGUAGGCUUUAAUGAGUUGAUAGACAAAGUAUACAGCAUUAUGGGUCUAGACCAGAAUCGACAUAAGAUUAGUUUGAUAUUUCGAAAUUGUGUGCAACAUGGUGUGUUUGGUGCGAUGCCUUUGGUAGAUGAUAAUGGAGUUGAUGGAAUGUACUUUUUAAAAGCCAAAAGUGGGCAUGCCACUGAGAUUUAUGUGGAGGUGGAGGAGCUCUUAGGUUUGAGACAAUGUGAUAAUCAGACCUUGCCAAUAGCAAGUCCACAUAGAGAUGUCCAACAGGCUCAAAGAGGACGAAAAAGAGGUAGUGAGCACCGUAUAGAGAAGGAUUGUCCCAGUAGUAGUCACAUGCCAACAUUGGAGACUCGUGAUUCGAACACUAAUGCAGCUACAGUGCUUGAUGCUGCAACAAAUACUGAUAUUGAGUUGGUAGAUGUGGAUGUGGACUCUGAACCAGAACCAGAGGCUGAUGAUUUUGGUGAUAAUGACCAUGAAUAUGAUACAUCUGGGCAGGCAGGCAACUCAGGCGAAGGGGCUACCACUCAUGAUCACGCGAGUCCUAGUGUAGCACCACAUCUACGUUCUAGAAGCACACUUGAACCAGAACCAGAGGCUGAUGAUUUUGGUGAUAAUGACCAUGAAUAUGAUACAUCUGGGCAGGCAGGCAACUUAGGCGAAGGGGCUACCACUCAUGAACAUGCGGGUCCUAGUGUAGCACCACAUCUACGUUCUAGAAGCACACCACCUCCGCAUCCCGGUCCGAUUGAUCCGAGCGUUUUGUAUCUGCAGACGCAUCACAGAUCCACUGCGGUCUUUCAUGGCGCAGGCGACGUCCUUGAUGUGAGACGUUGUGAUAAAAAGUUUUUUGAUAUCUUUAGACAUUCUGACCCUCGAAUAUCUCGCUACAUUGACAUAGCUGGUUUUGGUGGGGUACGUAGGGCCGGUUAUCUUCAGGUAAACCAUGGCUUGAUCACCGCGCUAGUUGAGCGCUGGAGACAGGAGACACACACAUUUCAUCUUCCUGUUAUGGGUGAGGCGACUGUCACAUUGCAGGAUGUUGAGGUACUAUGGGGCUUGCCCGUGGAUGGGUUGCCGGUUACUUUGAUCCAUGUUAAACGAAGUCCACUUCAGCGCAAACAUCUAGUUCAAGAGGUUUUGGGAUUUUGGCCAGAGGAUAAUUGUUUCAGGGAAGGGCGGCUAAAGAUGUCAUCUAUGUAUGCACGACUAGGAACACAAUUACCGCCAGAUGCUCCAGAUGAGAUGGUUCGCCAGUAUGCUCGAAUGUGCAUUCUAAUUUUAUUAGGCGGGUUGCUAUUUGCAGACUCAUGUGGUAAUGUUGUUAGCCUUAACUGGCUCGAUUAUGUGCGUGAUUUGGAGGCCAUGAGUAAGUACAGUUGGGGGAGUGCAGUACUGGCCUGUUUAUACUCACGUAUGUGUCAUGCAUCGCAUGUGGGGCAGAAUACCACUGGUGGACCAUACUUGUUACUACAGCUAUGGGCGUGGGAGCGGAUUCCGACAAUUCGUCCUGACGUAUCUCUUCCACGAUUGACUGGUGAUUAUCCUAGAGGAGGGAGAUGGUCAGCCGAGCGUACUGGGGUUGACCCUCCUAGUCAGGACGUAUCAUAUUAUCGAGAGCAACUAUCUUUGCUACGGAUGGAUCAAUUCAUCUGGAUGCCAUACCCUGAUGAUGUACUAGCAUCUUUGCCCGAAUAUUGCAGACGAGGCGCACGUAUAUGGAGGGCAAGGGUCCCGCUGAUAUUUUGGCACAUUGUUGAGUUUUAUUUCCCAGAUCGAGUCUUGCGUCAAUUCGGAAUGAAGCAAAACAUUCCCCAGAGCGUUGACACUGAUCGGGGGGGAUUGCAUCAACUUGGUUUGGCCGGAUUUGCAGGAAGAAAUUGGGCUGAAUUUCAUAGUGUUUGGAUAGGUCAUUGGAAUGACCGUGCUAAUGCUGAAGUUUCAGGAGAGUCGACGCAUACAUUCAGUCCUUCAAACGACUAUCUAAGCUGGUAUCAUCGUCACACCGUCUUGUAUAUUACACCUCCACUUCGCAAGCAUCCGCAGUCCGGGCACGUGCACUAUGAGGCUUCAGGACAGUUCGAGUAUCUGAUGGAUAGUAUGCAUCGCAUUGCCCACCAAUCUUUGGACGGGCUCCAGCAUGAUGACCCUACACAUAGUUUUCAUCCGAGUCUAGUGAUGAUUGCGGAUGAAGCAUUCGGGUCUAUGCAGUACCUUCGGCGAUUUGAUCGCAUGAUUUUCGAGCCCACGGAGCGACAGGACAGUGGUGCCUCUAUGUCGCACAAUAUCCCUCACCAAAGGUCAGUUGGACGUCUUCCUAGCCAAACACGGGCAUCAUCUCGUGGAAGUAGACGUCACGAGCAUGGCCUACGUGAUGAAGUCAAAUAACAUUUGCUAUUUAUUUAAUUAAGAAGUAUAAAUAAUUAGAUGGAUAAUUAAAAUUAGAUGGUUUACAUAAUUUAAGGUUAUCCAAAAAAGAUAUUAAGAGAAAAAUUGACACUCUAUCGAUAUUAAGAGAUUUUACUACAAAAAAACUAAUAAUGUUUGGA